UACGUCGUCCGUCUGGGCAUCUCCAGGCUAGCUUUCCAUCCCUGCUCCAGAGUCCAGGGAAAGCAGCGUGUCCCGUGGCGGGUAGCGGAGCGCGGGGUCGGUCUGGAGCGCCAUGAGCAGCCCGGAUGCGGGAUACGCCAGUGACGACCAGAGCCAGCCCCGGAGCGCGCUGCCCGCGGUGAUGGCUGGGUUGGGCCCCUGCCCCUGGGCCGAGUCCCUGAGCCCCCUCGGGGACGGGAAGGUGAAAGGCGAGGUUGUGGCGAGUAGCGGGGCGCCAGCCGGGAGCUCCGGCAGAGCCAAAGCUGAGUCUCGCAUCCGGCGGCCGAUGAACGCCUUCAUGGUGUGGGCGAAAGACGAGCGCAAGCGGCUGGCACAACAGAACCCGGAUCUGCACAACGCAGAGCUGAGCAAGAUGCUAGGCAAGUCCUGGAAAGCGUUGACGUUGGCGGAGAAGCGGCCCUUCGUGGAAGAGGCCGAGCGGCUGCGGGUGCAGCACAUGCAGGACCACCCCAACUAUAAGUACCGGCCACGGCGGCGCAAGCAGGUGAAGCGCAUGAAGCGGGUGGAGGGAGGCUUCUUGCACGCUCUCGCUGAGCCUCCGGCCGGCGCCCUGGGCCCCGAAGGCAGUCGCGUGGCCAUGGAUGGCCUGGGCCUGCCUUUCCCGGAGCCGGGUUUCGCGGCCGGUCCGCCGCUGUUGCCCCCGCACAUGGGCGCCCACUACCGCGACUGCCAGGGCUUGGGCGCGCCCGGGCUCGACGGCUACACUUUGCCCACUCCGGACACAUCCCCGCUGGAUGGCGUGGAGCAGGACCCGGCCUUCUUUGCUGCCCCGCUGCCAGGGGACUGCCCGGCGGCCGGCGCCUAUAGUUACGCGCAGGUCUCGGACUACACGGUGCCCACAGAGCCCCCCGCUGUCCCUAUGCGAGUGGGACCGGAUCCCUCGGGUCCUUCGAUGUCGGGGAUCCUGGCGCCCCCCAGCGCCUUGCACCUGUACUACGGUGCGAUGGGCUCACCCCCGCCGAGCGCCGGGCGCGGUUUCCACGCGCAGCCCCAGCAGCCGCUUCAACCGCAGGCACCACCACAACCGCCGCCGCCUCCGCCACCGCCGCCGCAGCACCCUGCGCACGGCCCAGGCCAGCCUUCGCCCCCUCCCGAGGCUCUGCCCUGCAGGGACGGCACGGAACCCACCCAGUCCACUGAGCUGCUUGGGGAGGUGGACCGCACGGAAUUCGAACAGUAUCUGCACUUUGUGUAUAAACCUGAGAUGGGUCUUCCCUACCAGGGACAUGACUGCAAUGUGAACCUCUCAGACAGCCAUGGAGCCAUUUCCUCCGUGGUGUCCGACGCUAGCUCAGCGGUCUACUACUGCAACUACCCCGACAUUUGAUGGUUGCCGACCCCAGAUCUGCAGGCCAGAAGCAGUGUUACACACUUCC